UGCGAAAAUGCAUCCCUUCAUCAGUCUAUUCCAGAAGUCUUAACAUAAACCUAUAAAGGUCUCUUGCACCUCCUUCUUGAAGACUCGCUGUCAGUCUUGAAGCAUGAUAAUGGAUCCUGUACUCGCUCGAAGCCAUCAUUUGGACUGGUUGCCUGGUUGUAAAGUCCAUUUCCGCGGCACAAACACAUAUUGGAGAAUUGAUGAAAUCCUUACAGAAAAGAUUCGAACACAUGACGAAUCCAGAGGAACUAUUGAAGAGUUAACAUGUGUUUGCAAAGCAACACAGAUCAAUGGUUCAGGUAAUUGGGAGGAAGCUAUUGUCAAGAUCAAGCAACAGCUCUCCCCUUGGGAUGACGGAAGUAACGAUAUCAGCUCAGAAGCUUACCGCGAGAUCGAAAAUCUCCAAAAGCUAACAGAAAACCACUGCACAAGUACACCUACACUUAUCGAUACAAUCGCGUUUGAUCAAGAUACUACAAUGUGUUUUCCAGGUGGUUAUCUCGUGUUUAUCCUUAUGGAGAAAGUCCCGGGCCAAGAUCUUGGCCACUUCAACAGUUUAACAUCAGAACAACGAGAUGAUGCCCGACUUGCCUUUAUCAAGGCCUUAUGGGAGUUUCGCAGCCAUGGGUUUUAUCAUCAUGACCCUCGCAGACAAAAUAUUAUCUGGGAUCGAUAUUCGAACAAAUGUUAUAUCGUUGAUCUUGAAGAUGCUGAGGAGUUUGGAUUAUCUUUCUCAGGCCUUGAUCCUCUGGUAGAGUUCUCUCUAUGGAAUCUACACGGCAAAGAAGAAAAGUCCCCCGAUAACCACUUUGAUGAUGAUCCCAUGAUCCCGCAUGAGCGUCAGGAUGGAUGGAUGUUUACCUACUUAGAGGAUGUGAUAAAUUUCCUAGUUUCGAGGAUCAGAUGUUGAACGAGACUGUAUAUGGGUUAUUUUAGUCCAAGCAGUGAGCGGGAAAUCUUUGGCUCCCCUCUUAAGCACUAUGGAGUGGUUUGACGGGCUUGCGGAAGUCUCGGAAUGCAGCAGAAUUACCUAAUCAUAAGGCGGUGGACACUUAACUCUGCA